AUGAACUUCUUUGUCCCGGGUAACGGGAGUGAAGAUGUCUUCGGUCCUGUUGGCCUUGUCGGUAUGCCUCGCAAAAGAGACAUUGGUGCGAUCGGCGACGGUAGGAAAAAACAGAGCCCCGAUUUUGACGAUAGUCAUGUCGAGCAGCUCUUACGCGCUCUUAAUCUGAACUCUCCCGCUCUUUAUGCUCAGCAGCCUUCUCGUCCACAAAUUUCCGACUCCAAGAAUGUAUCGACCGGCUCUCCGGAUUUUUCUCCGAGCUCUACUGUAUCUGCGCUCCUUACGCCUACAGAUCUUUCUCCUGCGAAAACUUCUUUUGACUUGAAGAUCAGUCCACCUCAUGAACUAGCUCCUUCGCACUCUACUUUGUCUCCUUCAUCCCUUCUGUUUGACCACGGCUCGCCCUUGAGGGCGCACGAUUUUAUGUCUCAUAAUGUACACCAGCGUUUUUCUAGCGUUCCUUCUUCGAACCUUCUGCCUCCUAGCCCAUUACCUUAUUUUGAGCAGUCUUCUGAGAAUUCUUCCCCAUCUUUGGGCUCCCAGCAGUUUUAUGAUAGUGCUUUCGCCCAUCUAAGCCAUCCAGAACUAUCAAGAGGUUCUUGGCGGCAACCGCAGCAGCUGUCCGCCCCUCCCGAAUGGUUGAGGAUUGAGGAGAAGCUCGGCGGCGACUAUCCCUCCGGCGUCGCGGUCGGGGAAGAUUCUCUUAGGACCUCGCCAUCUCAGCCGUCGUUCCCACCUCGUCAAAACGGAGUUCAUGCUCACGAGCCGAUCAACUUCCUUUCGCUUUUGCAUCCGUCAUCGUCUCCCCCAUACAACGUAUUUGUGGCGCGCAUCAUAAAAUCAUCUGACCAGCAGGCUUCUAUCUUUCUGCAACAGAAGCUCAAGGUUGCUGAUCUUGAGGAACGCCACAAGAUUGUGGAUGCUAUCUGCGCGCGUGGUUUUGAGAUGAUGUCACACCGUUUCGGUAACUGGGCAGUCCAAAGAUGUCUUGAAGCUGCGGCGACCCCCGAAGAAAGGAGGAAGAUAGUCAAUUGCAUGAGGGGGCGGGUCGUGGAUCUUGCAACCAACUGUUACGGAUGCCACGUCCUCCAAAAGGCACUUGAUUGCGAGGAGGAUAUUCGCCUCCUGAUCGUUUCCGAGCUUCUCCUCGGGGACCCUGCAUUGACUUUGGUGAACAAGCACGCAUCUCAUGUCUGGAGCAAGAUCAUGGAAUUGACAUGGACGGCCCCCGCGCCCCCGAUUUUCGCAUUCGUCAACAAGUCCCUGAAAGGGAAAUGGGCGUCUCUCGCUUGCCAUGAAACAGGAUCCCUCGUUGUCCAGCACGCAUUUGAGAACCUCGAAGAGUCCGCUAAGGACGGCAUCAUUGAUGAGCUGCUCAAUCAAGGACCUACUGUGUUCGGUGAGAUUGCAAAGAACCAGUGGGGUUCGUAUUGCAUUCAACACAUUCUAGAGCACGGGUCUCCGAAACACCGUCAAAUGUGCCUAGACCAUAUCAUGUCUGACCUCCUGGAUUAUGCCACAAACGAACAGGGAUACAAGUCUGUUACGAAGGCUCUCAAGGAAACGGGCCCCGAAACUCUAGACAGGAUUGUGAAGCGGAUGUGUGAACCUGCGAAGGGCGGCCGUCGAGCGAUGAUCGUGGACCUGGCGUUGUCGGUCACUGGUAGUCAAUUGAUCGCUAGCACGUUGCCUCAGGCGGACAAGGACCAGCGCACCAUGCUCUAUGACUGCAUUCGCGGCCAUAUCGUCACCCUGCGCGGCUGUAAGACAGGGUCUAAGGUCAUCUGGCUCUUGUAA